AUGGAUGCCAAGGUUGCUGCUUCAGGCAAGUUCCAGCCUCCCCAAAACAUGAGGCAGUCGUUCUUCCCUCGAGCCCUUGCUAACUUUCAUCUCGAUGGCGCCUCAUGCCCAGUGAAGACGAAUACCAUCGAAAAGCCCAAGCCAUGCUGCGUCUGCAAGGAGGAAAAGUCGAAGCGUGACGAGUGCAUGCUCUUCUCCAAGUCUGCUGACCCCGCCGCGGACUGCAGAUCCCUGGUCGACCAAUACAAGAGCUGCAUGAUUGGCUACGGAUUCAAGGUAUGA